AUGGCCGGCGGUGGCAGCGGCGACCGUGACGCGGCGGCGGCCGAGGCGGAGCUCCGCGCGGGGUUCGAGACCCUGGCCGUGACACGAACGGACCCGUCCGCGGGGGUCUACGAGGUCCGCCUCAACCGCCCGGCGCAGCGCAACGCGCUGAGCCCGGCCGCCUUCGCGGAGAUCCCGCGCGCCAUGUCGCUCCUGGACCGGACCCCCACCGCGCGCGCCGUGGUGCUGUCCGCCGCGGGCCCGCACUUCUGCGCGGGCAUCGAGCUGGGGGGCCCCGGGGACCCGCUGGCCGCCGCCUCCGCCGCGGGCGCCGGCGACCCCGUGGCCACCGCGGAGGUGCUCCGCCGCGCGGUCCUGGACAUGCAGACGGCGCUCACGGCCAUCGAGCGGUGCCGGAAGCCCGUCGUCGCGGCGGUGCACGGCGCCUGCGUCGGCGGCGGCGUCGACGUCGUGGCGGCCUGCGACAUCAGGUGCUGCUCCAGGGACGCCACGUUCGUGCUCAAGGAGGUGGACAUGGCCAUCGUCGCCGACCUCGGCGCGCUGCAGCGCCUGCCGCGGAUCGUCGGCUACGGCAACGCUGCUGACCUCGCGCUCACCGGACGCAAGAUCACCGCCAUGGAGGCCAAGGAGAUGGGUCUCGUUACCAGGGUCUUCGAUUCCAAAAAAGACUUGGAUGCCAGCGUCGCAAAGAUCGCCAAAGAAAUAGCUGAGAAGUCGGCAUGGGCGGUGAUGGGAACCAAGGCGGUUUUGCUGAGAAGCAGGGAUGUGACUGUAGAACAAGGCCUGGAGCAUGUAGCCACAUGGAAUGCGGGUAUGAUGAGAUCGAAUGAUCUGAAGGAGGCCAUCAGAGCCUUCCUGAAGAAGCGGAAGCCUGUGUUCUCCAAGCUGUAA